AUGGGCGAUAAGAAUGGACAAACUGUAGCUGGUGGUAAAGGCGAAGGAAAUCGAUUGGAUCAAUUGAAUCAUCCAACCGAUGUGCUGAUCGACAAAGAGACUGAUAGUGUGAUUAUCUGCGAUCGAUGGAAUAAACGAGUCGUACGAUGGUCUCGUCGUAGUAGCACAACUCAAGGAGAAGUCCUCAUCGACAACAUCUGGUGUCGUGGAUUGUUCAUGGAUGAUCAGAGAUAUCUCUAUGUCUCUGAUACCGAAAAACACGAAGUAAGACGAUAUCAACUAGGAGACAAGAAUGGAACUAUUGUGGCUGGUGGUAAUCGCAAAGGUGCUAAUCUCAAUCAACUCAACUUUCCGACUUACAUCUUUGUUGAUCAACAACAGACUGUCUACGUGUUAAAUAGGGACGAUCAUCGUAUAGUGAAAUGGAAUAAAGGGGCAAAAGAAGGCAUUGUCGUCGCUGGAGAUCGAGGUGAAGGGAAUGCUCUGACACAAUUGUAUCAUCCUGCCGGACUCUUUGUCGAUACACUGGGUACCAUCUAUGUGGCAGAUUCGUCGAAUUAUAGAGUGGUGCGUUGGCCUAAAGGAGCAAAACAGGGUACUGUUAUUGUAGGUGGAAAUGGCGAUGGAGAAGGAGCAAAUCAGUUCCGAUAUCUCCGUGGUUUGACCCUCGAUGGACAAGGAAAUCUCUAUGUCGUCGAUUCCAAUAAUCAUCGCAUUCAAUUUUUUCCUCGUCAAUAA